AUGGCCACCAAUUUCAAUUUUCCCAUUCAUUGCCCUGCCAACUUACAACCCUCAUGUGAGCAAAUUAGGGCUGUAGUCAUCCUACUUGCCACGCUUUCAUUUUCUGCCUCGAUGAUCUUCUUGCUAGUCAUCACUUUUGGCCACUCUAAUCUCAAGUUCCACAUAACUGAUGCUUCUCUCACAAACUUCAACCUCACAAGCAACAACGCUUUGGAUUACAAAUUAGAAGCCAACAUCACAUCAAGAAAUCCCAACAAGGACGUCGAAAUAUACUACAUGAAGAUCACCGCAAUUGCAUGGUACAAAGAUAAUGAGUUUGCUAGAGUGAGUCUGUCAUCUUUUGAUCAAGGCCACGAGAAUACCACUUUUCUGCAUGUAGUGUUUGAAGGGAAGGGUGUGAUCAAACUCAAACCUAAACAACUUUUCGAGUAUAAUGAAGAGACGCGUGUAGGGAUCUAUAAUGACUUGGCUGUUGAUUUGGAUCUUUUAAUCAGGUGUAAGCUUGGAUGUCAGAGAACUUAUCCAUACAAUCCACCAUUGGUGAAAUGUCGUCGGUUGAGCCUUUCUUUGAAUUCUAAUGCUAACUCGUCAUCAGCACCUUCUUUUCAUGUUACAAGAUGCAGAACUGGAGCUUUCUUUAGUAAUCGUUAUUAA